GUCAAUUAUAUUAAUGUGAAGUUUGAGAGUUUAUCCAAAUAUCAAUAAACAAGUUUGUUGUCAUUUCUAUUUAAAUCAUGGGUUGCUGCGGGUCUAGGGAAGAAAAUAGAACAGAGGUUUCUGAAAGAAAAUGUACCGAUGUUUUUUGGUUGUGUUUAUUUAUUCUUUUCUGGUUUUUAAUGAUUAUUAUUGCUGCUUUCUCUUUUGUCUACGGUAAUCCUUUACGUAUUAUUAAUGGAUAUGAUUCAUUUGGAAAUACAUGCGGUACCCAUCGCAAUAAACCUAUUGGAAACAUGCCUCUUAGUGGCAUUGACACCACUAACAAACCUUACUUGCUAUUUUAUAAUAUUAAUGAAUUGAAACAAUCUCUCAAGAUUUGUGUGGAAAAAUGCCCAACAUCAAAAUUAAAUACUGCAACUGAUUUUAAUAAUUAUCACCUUCAAGGAAUUAACUAUUGUAGAUAUGAUUUUAAUUAUGCUGAUUUGAAAAAUCAACAAUCUGAAUUUUUGUUUGGUUCUUUUGGACCCUGUCCCAAUUUACCUGUUUAUGAAAGUACUCCUGUACUGAAUCGCUGCAUUCCAAAACAGGUAACAGAAGUUACAGAAGCAAUUGUUAGUAACUUUUAUGGUCUCCUCAACAGUUGGAGUGUAGUUGAACAAGUUUUAGGGGAUCUUUACAGUACUUGGAAAGAAAUCUUAGGAUUAACUUUCUUAUCCCUUGUUAUAUCGCUACUUACCAUUGGUAUUUUACAUUGUUUGGCACACCUAGUAUCUUACAUCAUCAUGAUAGGCUUCACUAUUGCUGGACUAGGCGGUACAGCUUUUUUAUGGUACACUUAUUUUGAUAUUAAAUAUCACCUUAACAAAACUGCCAAGUUUAUGCUGCUUUCGGAGUCUGUGAGAAAUGAAACUGCUUUUCUUUGGUAUUCCAUCAUUGCUACUAUAAUUAUGAUUGUGAUAUUAAUUAUCAUAAUUUUCAUGAGGAAGCAAGUGGAUUUUUUAGCAGAUCUAUUCCAAGAAACUUCAAAAUGUCUAAUGCACCUUCCGCAACUGUUCUUUCAACCAAUAUUAACCUUUUCCAUUUUAGUAUUGUUCUUUAUGUUUUGGCUUUUUGUUGUGCUCUGUUUAGCCACGGCAUCUUUUCCCGAAAAGAAUGAAGUUGUACCUGCUAUUAAUAAUUCUACUCAUACUGCAAUUCAAGCCUCGAGACUAGUUUAUCCUACACAGGGUAAUCCAAAAAAGGAAAUGAACUUGGAAACGUUUGCCGAUAAAGUAAAGAUUUCGGUGGUAGAAUAUGUAGAUGCUUCCUGGGUAAGAGGUAUGUGGUGGGUGUACUUUAUCGGUUUAAUAUGGACUUCCGAAUUUAUAAUGGCAUGUCAACAGAUGGUGAUAGCCGGUUCUGUCGCCCAUUGGUUUUACAGGCACAAAUAUAAAGACGACAGUCAUUGUUGUUACGCUACAGGAAAAUUGAUCAAAUACCAUCUCGGUACUGUUGCUUUAGGUUCGUUAAUCAUUACGAUAUUCAAGAUUCCCCGAUUGAUACUUAUGUAUCUUCACGAAAAAUGGAACAGAGGAAAAGACAAAGGAAACGAAUGCGCAACUUGUGGUUUGAGAUGUUGCAUUUGUUGUUUUUAUUGUUUGGAAAAAUUUAUUCGUUAUUUGAAUCAUAACGCUUACACUGUUACCGCUAUAGACGGUUCGCAUUUUUGCAAAGCUGCUGGAACAGCUUUUGAAGUAUUAACUACGCACGCACUACAAGUAGCGACUAUAAACAGUUUGGGAGAUUUCAUUUUGUUUUUGGGUAAAUGUUUCGUAACGGCUCUAACAGGAUGCGUCGGUUUAGCGUUGUUCAGAAGAGACGCAGCUUUGACGUUUUACGCAGCACCUACAUUAGUUGUAUGCGUUUUCUCAUUUUUUGUCGCGCACUGCAUUCUAUCGUUAUACGAGAUGGUUCUGGAUACGGUUUAUUUAUGUAUGUGUCAAAGCGGAGAAGCACCCGAAGGUAUAAAAAUGCAAAAUCUCGGAGUGACUACAAAUGGCAAUCAAAAUACAGAAACAGGACACUUAAAUAAUUAAUUUAUAAUAAGUGGACAUUCACAUUUACAUUAUAUACAGGGUAUACCACUAUGAGUUACCCAUGACUUUGGGCCAAUUUUACAACCUACGAUAAAACUAUAAUUUGAACUUUAGCUUAAACCAAGAUUGCUCUAUUUUACAGGUCAUUGUUAAAGAGACAUUCUUCUACUGGUUGUCAUAAAAUUUUUCCGAUAUUCGAUUUAUAGUUGACUUGUUUAAAAAAGUUUUAUCAACAAAAACAAAAAAAAUCAUACAAUUUCUAUGAAGUAGUACUUUUGGUUAACCUUGUGAUGUACAAAGAAACAGUUUAAUAAAAAAAAUUAAUACGGUAACUCCAAAGGAAAAUGAAAAAAAAUUGGGAAGUAAAUUUAAUGAUGAAAAUAACAAAAACGAUCAUGUUUUCUAUAGAACCGAAAAAACAAUUUUAAAAAUAGGUGAGAUAAUAUAAAAUUUUUUUUUAGAACGAAUAACUUUUUGUUUUCUCAACGCCUGUUGUUGAUGAUUUCUUGUUCAUGAUCAUCGUCGAUUGCAUCGGAUAUAAAGUGCAAAAACUUUUUACAAUAUCAUAAAAAUGUAAAUAAUAUGAGGAAACAAGAGUUUAAAAGUUUUCUCACUUCCAACCUUACAUUUCCUCAACGUCUGAAAAUCCGUGUAAUAAUGAUCGGCAAGGUUUGUAUUGAAAGACAAAGAUAUGGUGCUAUGAUCACCACGUUUUGCUUACUAAAAACGCAUCACCGAUACAGCACACCGACGCCCAGCUGUCGUAUCAGACCGCUAGAUGGCGAUCGCGUCACUGAGGGUAAAAACGCAACCCUCAUGACUCUUGAAUCCCAAGAAUUGGACACAACUGUCGAAAUAACUAAAAGAAACGGAAUCCUUUAGAUACAAUUAUCUAAAAUAGGGUUUUUACCUAAAAAUUGAUUUGGGAUACAUUUAAAGUAUAACUGAAAGUCGGAGACGACAGAAUAUGAUUUAAUUGUAACGAAGUAAUCAAAAUAUUUAUACCCUGUACAUUAUUGUAAGUAAGCGUAAAAAUGAAUUUGUUUGGAAUCUAUGUGUAAAGUAUUUCUUUAUUAUACAAGUCCACUACCACAAAAUAUUGUUUAAAAAAAUGUUUCUAUAAACACCAUAUAAACAAGAUACUGCACUGCCAUUUUAAAUAUAUUUCCAUCUGUUGUGUCAGUUUCAAUAACGUUUAAUUUAUUUGCUACAUUUUUUUCUAUAACAAAAUAAGGUGACUUGUUUUAAUCUAAAGUAACAAUGAACACACUAUUUAUUCUACCACUGCACCAAUACUCACAAUUACACUGUCCGACGCGCGUUUCGAUAACCAAGUUAUCGUCUUCAGGGACAGAGGACGAAACGUGGAUCAGACAGUGUAAUUGUAGAUGUUGGUGUAGUGGUAGUGUAAACAGUGUGUUCAGUAGGAAUAUCGCUAAGACCAAUAUAAGAACAUCCUAAUACCGAACUUUUUGAAGUUGACACAAUAGUUGAAUUUGUUGUUGAUUAAUGUGUUAAACAAAGUUUAACAUUGAGAUCACCAAUUUGGAUGUUGUAUUAUUCAUGUGGAAUGUACAAGAACUGUUUUUAGCCUUAUAUGUAUCGUUUAUCGAUGCUUUUAUAGAAGCACAAUCGUAAAAUGUUUAGCUAUCGAUGUUAAUUGUUUAAUACUUUCUUUUACUUUCCGUCCUUCAUAUUGUAUUUGAUGUAUAAUCAUAAUUUUAGACUAUUCACUCAAAACGCAACAGACUGCUCAAAAAUAUUUUACAAUCUAGAAUAAAAUAUGUCGAUUUUUUUAUAAAAUUGCUACUUUGUUAUAUUUUUAUACAGCUAUAUAUAUUAUUUAAUAGAUAUUUUAUGCUUGAAUUACCUAUUCUGUCUGAAUUAACUAAACAAAUGUUAUACCAGUGGUUCUCGAACUCUUUUUCCUUGUGAACAAUAUUUCUGGCUUCAAUGGACAUACUGCUAUUACAUUUCACCCAUAUCAAAGCUCAUUAACAAAUAAAUCUAAUAUCUAAAAAUGGAAAAGUUCAUUUGGACUACUUUGGAAAUCCCUGGUCUAAUGAUGAAAUUUUGUGUAGACCCCUUGAAUCUCUUGGAGUUUAUUUGGACCAAUUUGGGAAUUAUUGAUCUAGCAAUAUAAAUGUGUGUAGAUCCCUGUCGAGCCUUCUGUGGACCUCUAAGGAUUAACCUGUACCAUAGAAAAUUGUCUAAACACUCGUCGUCGUGUCUACCUUCUGUAUCUCUUGAAGUUCAUCUGUACCACUUUGGCAUUCCCUGAUCUAUCUAGGCUUCUGUCAAGCUUUUGGGCCACUUUGGCAAUUAGUCAUCUAGCGAUAGAAAUUUGUGUGGACUCCCAUCGAGCUUUUCGUGGACCUCCUAGGGUCUUUCCCCUGGAUCUCUGGAACUUUACCUGGACCACUGAUCUAUCGAUGGAAAUUUAUGUAGACUCCUGUCGAGCUUGCCAUCUAAUGAUUGUAUAGAUUCCUGUUGUUUCUAUCCCCUUGAUCUCUGGACCACUUUGGGAACCAUUGAUCUAAAUGUGGUACUUUUAGAACACUUUUAUCGAGCUUUCCGUAGACCUCUAGGGGUUUACCUGGAUCACUUUGGGAAUCACUGAUUUAUAUUAUUGUCAAAUGUUUAGAAUUGGUAAGAAAAUGUCAACUGAUACAAACUAUUUCUAUUUGUUAUAAAUUAACAAAUUGCCUAUUAAAAAUUUAUUUAAGUGUA